CUUUUUGACUCCGAGCCUUGUAGAACAUUUGGACGUUGGUUCAUUAAGAUGCUUCGUAUUUGCUAGAUAUUGUCAGCUAUUAUUAAAGUUUAAAACGAACUUUUUGUAGUAAUAAAGAUAUUUACGUGAGAGCAUGGCUGAGGCGAGUAAUGAGGCACAAGGAGGAGAUUUCGCGGUCAGACUUGAUGGAGAUGGAGAUGAAAAUGAGGAAACCUCUGAGGUGUUUCUGAGUGUACUUGUACAUCAUGGCCAGGUUGGGCUCAGCUUCUACGACAGUAAAGACUGUACCCUGCAUGUCAUGCCGGACAUGGUGGAUAACCGAGACCUCAGUCUACUGGACAAAAUCAUACAGGAGCUCAGCCCUUGUGUCCUCAUCACCAGCGCGAAGCAGGAGAGAAGUCUGUUCCGGUUUAUCAGAGCACUCGGAUCUAAUCCAGACUACAGACCGGAAAUUGUAGUGUAUCCUAACACUGAUUUCGGACUGGAGGUCAGUAAACAGAGGCUGCUGUUGGCACAUCUCCCUUUUCUCCCUCCAUCCAUCACAGAGAAAGACCGAAUCCCGUAUCUCUCCUCCCUCAUUCCAUUUGACUCGGUGUUAAUGGUGAGGACUAUAGGAGCGCUCUUGAAGUGUCUGGACAGGAGGAGAGUCGGUGUUGAAUUGGAAGAGAGCACUACGCCAGUUCCCAUAUUGCAGUUCCUCACCUACACGUUAACUGAUGUGGUGUAUAUGGAUAAAGAUGCAUACAGCGUUCUCCAAAUCUUCAAAUUUGAUCUGCACCCUUCGGUGUACAAGCUGCAGUCAGGACAUAAGGAGGGUCUGAGUCUUUACGGAAUUCUGAAUCGCUGCCGAUGCAAAUUUGGCUCCAGGCUUCUACGGCAGUGGUUUCACAGACCCACCAGAGACCUGAGUGUGUUGAGGAGAAGGCAGGAGGUGAUUCGUUUCUUCACCUCUCCUCGUAAUUCUGAGCUCAUGAACACACUGCAGAGCUUCCUGCGCAACGUCAAGAACAUUCCGGUUUUGCUACGCAAAAUGUCUCUGUCUCAUACCAAAGUGGUGGACUGGCAGCAUCUCUACAAGACUGUGUAUAGCGCAGUGGGGAUCAGAGAUACUGUACGCUCUCUCCCUCAAACCAUCCAGCUCUUUCGGGAGAUCAGUGAGGAAUUCACUGACGAUCUGCACUACGUCGCUAUGCUCAUUAGCAAAGUGGUGGAUUUUGAAGGAAGUCUGGCUGAGAAUCGCUUCACCAUUAAGCCCAACGUCGACCCCGCCAUCGACGAGAAGAAAAGAAGGAUGAUGGGCUUGUCAGAUUUCCUUACGGAUGUGGCGCGUGCCGAGUUAGAGAGUCUGGACUCACGUUUUUCUUCCUGCAGUGUCAUCUACAUCCCUCUGAUCGGAUUCCUCCUUUCAGUUCCCCGACUUCCUGGUAUGGUGGAAAAGGAGAACUUUGAGAUGGAAGGCCUUGAUUUUAUUUUUGUGUCAGAGGACCGGCUUCAUUACCGCAGCGCCAGAACUAAAGAGCUGGACAACAUGCUGGGAGAUUUACACUGUGACAUCAGAGACAUGGAGAUGGCAGUGAUGACUCAGCUCCAGGCCACGGUCCUGCAGCGCAGCAGUUGCCUCUAUAAAAUGUUAUCGCUGUAUGCUGAACUGGACUGCCUCAUGUCUCUGGCCCAGGCUUCUAAAGACUACGGCUACUGCGCACCUACAUACACAGAGCGCUGUACACUGAACCUGCAACAUGCCCGACAUCCUCUGUUGGAGCUGUGCACAUCUGUCUUCGUAGCAAAUCCAUGUGUUUGUUCUGACACUGAGGGAAAAGUCAAAGUUAUAACCGGACCAAACUCUUCUGGCAAGAGCAUUUACCUAAAACAGGUGGGUCUAAUUGUGUUCAUGGCUCUGAUUGGCUCUGACGUACCUGCCAAAGAGGCAGAGAUCGGCCUGAUAGACGGCAUCUUCACACGCAUGCAGAGUCGCGAGUCUGUGUCUUUGGGCCUGAGCACUUUCAUGAUAGAUUUAAACCAGAUGGCUCAUGCUUUGAACUAUAGCACCGGGAUGUCCCUCGUGUUAGUGGACGAGUUUGGGAAAGGAACCAACACAGUGGACGGUCUGUCCCUCCUAGCUGCAUGCCUGAAUCACUGGUUAAAGAGAACUCCAGCUCAGUGUCCACUCGUGUUUCUAGCUACAAACUUCCACAGUGUCCUGCAGUUGGACCUCCUGCCUCACUCUCCACUGCUCUCCCUGCUGACGUUAGAGACUGCUAUAGACAAGGAGGAGUUGAUCUUUCUCUACCAGCUGAAGGAAGGGAUUUGUCAGUCCAGCUACGCCGCUAACAUUGCCACACUCGCCGGCCUUCCACCUACCCUGGUUCAGAGAGGACUGGAGGUAUCAGAACUGUACAGAACAGGAAAGACCAUCCAAAGGGUUGACCAGCCGUCCAGUGAAGAACUGAUUUCCAGAUGUGAAAAUAUGGUGGAGAAGUUCCUCAGCCUUGAUCUAGACGAUCCUUUGACGGACCUGCAGAGCUUUCUGAAGGAUGAGCUGCUUCCCAGCGUUGGAGAGGUUCUGUGAUGGAAGCCACAAGUUCUUCAGUGAGUGAGUAAUGUAAUGAAGUUUUUUUAAGAACAAGCUGUAAUUUCUACAAGCAGACAUUUCUCUAAAAUGUCUAAAAUGG